UCAAUCGCAGCACAAAUCAAAAUAUAGCUACAACUAUAUCAUAUAUAUAUAUAUAUAUAAAAUGAAGUGGUUUAUUAUCUGCGCGCUGUUCGUUGCUGUGGCGCUGCUCAGCGCUCGGGCGCACGCCGCUGAUUGCGAUCAGGCCAAGAAUCCGGAGGACAGCGAUUUCAAGAACUUCUUCCGCAGCGUUAGCUGCAAGGUUAAGCAGGGCGCUGAGGAAGCUGCCAUCGUAGUGAAGCCCUAUACCGAUAAAAUAGGCGAUGGCGCCAAGGAGAUUGGCAGCUCGGUGGCAAACAAAUUCGAUGAGCUCAAGCACAAGUUCACGGAUGAAGGCACCACAGCCAAAGCUCCAACUGUUAUGCCCUUCAAUGCGCCCACUGAGCGCGUGCCCCUGGCCCCAAUUGCUCCCGCCGUGCCCACUGAAUUGCUUGCCAGCACUCAGCCCAUGGCUGGAUAAAGUCAAAGACUUCAGUGCGUGCAUAUAUAUGAAUUUUUUUUAUGUGUUAAUUUUUUUUUCUUGUUAC